GGGAGUGGGAGUUUGCUCCAAACUUUGUUUAUGGGACAGUCCGGGAGCCGCGGCGGCCGCGCUGUCUGCUUCUCCUCCGCCUCCUUCCCGCGGAGCCCGAGCGCCUGAGGCCGGUCCGGGGGAUGUGAGAGCCGAAGCCCCUCGGCUCCCAGGCACCGCGUCGGCUCGGGAUUUGCCAGCCGGGCCCCGGCUCCAGUCCUGCAAGCUCGGACGCACCCGAGCUACCCAGGCCCGACGGCGAGUUCGGGCGGGACGCGGCCGCCGCACGCCCAGACUCGGCUUCGCUGCGCGCCCAGAAGAUGAAUCCGGCCUCGGCGCCCCCGCCGCUCCCGCCGCCCGGGCAGCAAGUGAUCCACGUCACGCAGGACCUAGACACGGACCUCGAAGCCCUCUUCAACUCGGUCAUGAACCCCAAGCCCAGCUCGUGGCGGAAGAAGAUCCUGCCCGAGUCCUUCUUUAAGGAACCUGACUCCGGCUCGCACUCGCGCCAGUCGAGCACCGACUCGUCCGGGGGCCACCCGGGGCCCCGGCUGGCCGGCGGCGCCCAGCACGUCCGCUCGCACUCGUCGCCCGCGUCCCUGCAGCUGGGCACCGGCGCGGGCGCGGCCGCCAGCCCCGCGCAGCAGCACGCGCACCUCCGCCAGCAGUCCUACGACGUGACCGACGAGCUGCCGCUGCCCCCGGGCUGGGAGAUGACCUUCACGGCCACUGGCCAGAGGUACUUCCUCAAUCACAUAGAAAAAAUCACCACAUGGCAAGACCCUAGGAAGGCGAUGAAUCAGCCCCUGAAUCAUAUGAACCUCCACCCUGCCGCCACUUCCACACCAGCGCCCCCGAGGUCCAUGGCGGUGUCCCAGCCAAAUCUCGUGAUGAGUCACCAACACCAGCAGCAGAUGGCACCCAGUACCCUGAGCCAGCAGAACCACCCUACUCAGAACCCGCCAGCGGGGCUCAUGAGUAUGCCCAAUGCGCUGACCACUCAACAGCAGCAGCAGCAGAAACUUCGGCUUCAGAGGAUCCAGAUGGAGAGAGAGAGGAUUAGAAUGCGCCAAGAGGAGCUCAUGAGGCAGGAAGCCGCCCUCUGUAGACAGCUCCCCAUGGAAGGUGAGACUCUGGCCUCGGUUCAGGCUGCCGUCAACCCGCCCGCCAUGACCCCAGACAUGAGAUCCAUUACUAAUAAUAGCUCAGAUCCUUUCCUCAAUGGAGGGCCGUAUCAUUCAAGGGAGCAGAGCACUGACAGUGGCCUGGGCUUAGGAUGCUACAGCGUGCCAACGACCCCGGAGGACUUUCUCAGCAACGUGGACGAGAUGGACACAGGAGAAAACGCAGGACAGACGCCCAUGAACAUCAAUCCUCAGCAGACCCGCUUCCCUGAUUUUCUUGACUGCCUUCCGGGAACAAACGUUGACCUAGGAACUUUGGAAUCUGAAGAUCUGAUCCCCCUCUUCAAUGAUGUCGAGUCUGCUCUGAACAAAAGCGAGCCCUUUCUAACCUGGCUGUAAUCAGCACCAUUGUAACGUGGGUGCAGCUGUGACCUGGCGUUCCCGGGGCCUCUUGGAAAAAGCCAUGGAGUAGAGUGAGUCGCAGGUGUACCACUUUCUGCCUCCCUAACUCAUGCUCCCUCCUUUCCAUGCGGCCAGUUGAAUCAUUGCCUGGAUUUGAUUGACAGUAACUUAAGUUAAACAUAAAUAAAUAUUCUAUUUUCAUUUUCUGCAAGCCUGCAGGCCUGUGAUGGGUUAUGCAGAUUUGUUUCUGCAGAAUUGAUUAUGCAGAAUUGCUUCUCCAUUUUUCUCUCUGCUGCCCCAUGGCUAAGCUUUAUGAAUGCUAGUUGAAAUUUCUACAUCAGUUGAUUAUAAACCAUAAAAAGCUGACCACAGGCAGUGACUUCUGACAGGUGGCUCGGUCCCGGAAACGUACACAAAAUUAGAUCUGAUUUACAGUUUCAAAAACUGUAUUGAUGACAGUAGUACCAAAUGCUUUAAAAAAUAUUUAACUUGAGCUUUAAAAAUCAUUGUAUGGAUAGUAACAUUCUGCUGUAUGGAAUACAAUGUAGUUUUGAAUCCAUGCUGGUUCUGAUGGUUCUUGUUACUCUGUAUUUCCAAAGGCACACACAGUCCUAUUGUAGUUUACCCUGCAUCAUUUUACUGCAUAGCAUCUAGACAACUAGUCCUUCCAGCAGCGGAGGAGCAGCAGCCUUAGAGACAGUUCCUACACUACAGAUCUUAUGAAAGAGACCAGUUUGGUAUUAAUCAUGAGCAUUUAUUAAACAAAUCUUUUUAAAAUUGCAAGUUGAAUUUUUUAAAAAUUGCAGCUUAGAAUUUGAUGUUUCUUUUAUAAAGCACUGUAAUUUUGUAGCUGAUGACAAAGGGCGGCCAAAUGUUUUUGAUAAAUCUGUGGCAACUAUGUUUGUCUUUUGAACCUGUUCUGAACACAUCAGGACAACAUAGCUUCAGCCUGAUGGCAUACACAGUGAGCUUUAUAAAUUCUGAAGCCUUGUCAGCUUUGCUUUCAAGAUUUUAAGUGUUUAAAAUAAUCUUAUCUAUGAAACUGUUUGAAGGAUGAAGCAGAUCUCUGACUGACGUAAAAAAUACCCUCUGAGGGUGUAUGGUGGAGACAUGUUUCUGAAUUCAGUAAAAUUGAUUCCUAAAUAUAUUAUCCUAACCCUCUUUGCUACAGUUGGUAUAAAAAGGUAUGAAAUAUGUACUCGAUACCUCUUAUGUAACCAAAAACGUUUUUUCUUAGCUUUUAAGGACUGAGAGAGAGGUCAGGGUCCCCUGGCACACACUCUGCCUGCAUUGCCAAUGAAGUCCUCAACUGUUUAAUAUUUUGAACUGACAUUAUUUAUAAUCUAUGAAUUUAAUAUCUUUUUUGAAAGACACUAAUAAUUCAGGUCGCUGAGAGGAACCUUUCAUUCCCACGGGGGCUCAUUUUGGGGGGGGAUCUUAAAUAAGAUCCUUUUCGAUCUACCAGAAUAUAGACAGGCAGAAUACAUUUUAUCUUGUUGGAAAGGAGGCAAGUGAAAAGGUCAGAGGUGAAGUAGUGAAGUUAUGGAAUCUAGUGGAAAGGAUACUAGUUGUGAAAUGGAAAUAGACAAGUUAGAGAACGCCGAAAGCAAGACAAGCAGGAGGAUGAGAGGUGCCCCAAAAGAACAAAGCAACAAUUUUCUCCUACAACCUUUACACCAAAAGCCUGUUGUAGAAGAAAAGAGGCUUCGGUGCACUUUAUGUGGGGUUGUGGGGGGGGGGGGGGGGCAGG